CAAAAACAAAAACAAAAACAAAAACAAAAACAAAAACAAAAACAAAAACAAAAACAAAAACAAAAACAAAAACAACGACUCCAGGCUUGGUUUGGUGUUGUUUGUACGCAUUCUGGUGGUGUAGUGGUAAGAUUGCAUGCCUCUCACCCUAAGGGCAAAUCACUUCUCAUACUGAGGUGUGUAUGGAGUGUGUAUGUAGUCAGUAUCAUACUAGAUAUCGUGCGUAUGGUAUGGACCUCAGUAUUGAUCAUUAUUACGAAGAUUUAUUUCAGUGUGGAAACUUUUGACAUUUUUCAACGUCAAACUCUGAUGCUGUUUUAUGGUUAGAUUCAGUUGGUUUUAGUUUGCUUUUAAGUUGUUGUUCAAAGCUGUGCAAAGUAUCGAUUGAAAACAAUUUUUUAAAGUAAUGCAAAUUUUUGCGGAGCAUUCAGCUAGUGAAAGGAAUUGUGCCUCGGUUGAUUAAAUUCAUAUUAGACACGAAAGAACUUUCCCCUACAUGCUGGCUGCGGAAAUGACCGUUACGGCCCGUCGCUGAUGCCCGGCGGUCAUCCGGACGAGUGGCCGCCGAUCAAGGAUAUCUUUAAGGCUAUUUGCGCCAAAUCUAACGGUGAUCCGUGCUGCGAAUGGGUUGGGCGGUCACUUUGUCAAGAUGGUACGGAAUCGAGCACGGUGACAUGCAGCUGAUUUGCGAGGCGUACCACCUGAUGUUGGAGCUCGGAAUGACCCAGAAGGAGAUGGCUCAGCAGUUUGACAAGUGGAGCAAGGGCGUACUUGACUCGUUCCUGAUCGAGAUCACUCGGGACAUUCUGAACUACAAGGACGACGAGGAGUAUAACGUAAGCGUUCCUCACGCACGUCCGCAACGCCCUGUACUGUGCCAACAUCGAUUCUACGCCCAGGGCUUCAUGCUGCUUCGCGAGGCCGCCAACGAGUACAAGUGGAACCUGAAAUACGGUGGAAUCGUGCGCAAACCGACGCUGUUCUAUCUGCUGCUGGUAGUUAGCCAGGCCGACUGCUUUCUGGCGCACACGUACGAGCUGCUCGGCAAGAAGGGCAAGUUUUUGCACACCAACUGGAUUGACAAUGGCGGCAACGUGUCCGUUAGUACUUAUUUGGUCCACAUUAGACGAGUACGAUGCCGCUGGUUGAUUCCGCUACAUUCCGUUGAACAGAAACACCGUCUCCAUUAAUCGUUGUUUCUUGUUGUCCAUUCGGUUAGAUUUCGAAAUUGUUUUCUUUUUUUUUAAUAAAAGUUGUUGUUUAG